AUGCCGUUCGAUCCAAGUCGCUGGAUGACACAGCGCCGAUCGCACCCUCGCAUCGGCCCCGCCUACCAAGCACCAAUCCCGGAUUGCAUUCGAGAUGUUUCACACCCUCCCCGUGUGCCCGCGGAGUGGCUCACAGGUCCGUGCGGCAUUCCCAACGGCUGCGCAGGCAAAGCGGGUUCCGCUGACGGUCGCCCCGGAGCAAAUCGCACCGCGGAGGGUCGUGAGACUGCCGCCCGCGAGCAAUGCGCAGGUGACAGAGAAGAAGAAAGUCAGGGGAGAAGUGCACGCAGUGCAGGACUUUCGUCGGACGAUUUCGUGCCGGCUCACGCGAGUGGUCAGCAACGAAGUGGGUUGAGGAAAAAUUGGGACGGGGCAGGUGUACGUACACUCCAUGAGGCACGCGAACACGAGGGCGCUUCUGGCAGCGGGACACUUUUGACUGGAGGCGACAUUGAGGCGGCUCUCGGCGGGGGGGAAUUGGCUGAGAGCGAGGUAGUGCUGGAAGCGGACGAUUUCGCCGCCACGGGUGAAUCCACUUCCCGUACUGUUCUUACUUCAGGGAGGGAACACGCACAGUUCGCUGGUUGGCCUGGCUCGUCUUCUCGAAUGUCCCGACGGGCGUUUGCCGCGGGCGAAUCACACGUCUUAGACCCACACCGGCACGCACAGUGUACCGAGUCUCCCGCCGCUGCUUCUGUGAACACGCAAAUCAAUGCCUCUUCCUCAUCCGGAGCGGCUGCUUGCGACCAGGCUGAAGAGUCUGUGGAGACGCGGGCUGCGCCGGAAGUGCUUGCUUCCGCCUCUGCUGGUGCCCGCCGUCCAGAGCAGUCAGUGGGAGAUGACCAACCGGGAGGCCCGGCUGAAGGAGAAAACGCGUGUUCCCUCCAAGACAAGGAGCGCAGCGCCAAAAUGCAUGCAUCGACAGCUGAGCACGAUGCAGGGACUGUUUUGGGAGCUAGAGAGAUAGGCUUUGAGGGGAGCGGAGAAACGAAUCCUAGUCGAGCGCAUGCAGACGACCAGAAUUCCGCCACGGCUUCGAGCGCCCUCGCGGAAGAACAUGAAGCGGGGAAGGAAGGAGAGCGAGAAGCGAAACGGCCGAGGCUCGAUCGGGAUGGCCCCGAAGGUGAAGCAUCGGCAUAG